AAUUUUCCGCUUGGCGGGAAAUAAAAACUUUACCAGCUGAGCACCACCGUGUGGAGCUGCAGCAGCUGUCUGUGAGUUAUGUCCAACCAAGAGAAAACAGAAAAGAAACGUCCUCCGCCCGUUAAAGUGUUGUCGGCUCAGCUGAGGGCCGCUGGGAACCGGAGCUCCGCGGACACCGGGGAGGGUUUUGUCCUGAGGCUGGGAAGGGGUCGCUCUUUGCUGGUGUCUCUGGUGUGGAUGCAGGGGACUGUCCUGGAAACCCAGCUGGACAGAAACACCGUGCUGCUGAUGGACGAGACGGGGACUUUUGCUGUCCAGGGCGUUAACAACAUCCCCAAAGGGAAACCUUGUUUGUCUCCAGGCAAAUAUGUCAUGGUGAUGGGUGUCAUCCACGCCGUCUCCCCGGAGCCAGUGAUCCGUGCGGUGAAGAUGGCAGACCUCUCCGAGCUCGCCGCGCUCCACAGACGGAUGUGGAAGCUGGAGGUGGAGGACCUGCAGCAGGUGCUGGCCUGAAUUCAGACAUGUGGAUGGAAAUGCGGCUCCUGUCACACCUGGAUAUGCGGUAAUGAAGUGAUUCUUGACAAAUGCAAAACUGCCCAAAAGGACACACAACCUGGUUUUCCCAGAUGCCACGCUCUUGUCUCGGAGGUAGGAUGCAAGAGCGACAAAGACUUGAUGCUUGUAUUUGUGCUUACAAUGUGUACACUGUGAAGAGUGAUGCUCAAUCCAUGAUGUAAGUUACCUCCCACUUCACUCCCACACUGUAGGCCUAAAUGUUGGAUUUAUAGCUGUGUAGCACCAUAUCAGGAAAAUUUAACACAUGGUUUAAACACUAGUUAUCCACCUUAAGGCAAAGGUCCAGCCACCUCCUGUUUAAUUAUUACCUCAACAACUGUUUUGCCAUUGCUUAAGGGAAGUAUAACUGCAAAUGGGGACAUCCUGUGUCAUUAACUUGGUUUUAGAAACAUCUUGUCAGGUUAUACGACUCGCAUCACCUCUGGAAAAAAAAUCUAGCCAGAUGGUUCAACAAAUAUAUAGAGGUUUAUGAUUUUCCAGUCCUCUUCUCUACCAUAAAACCCAGUUUAAAUAUUUAUACGUACUGCAGCAAGAUUGAUACAUGGAGACAGAAAUGUUUCAUGAACAACAAAAUAAUAUACUUCUGGAUUAUUGCACAAAACAGCUGACACUUCCAGAAAAGCAUCUAAAGUUCUGUGCUUCUGUAUUUUCAUAUCAUUGUUGCGCGCUCACAUUUCUGUAGUAAAUGUUUUACACCAGUGAGACAGCUGUUGGUUCACAAAUUGAAGUUUUCCACCUUAAACACACAGGCUUGUAAAAUGUCAAGCACAGAUUGAAUUAUCCAACUAUAAAAUGUGAAAUAAAUGGCUUAAAUUCCACAAACAAUCAGAUUGAUGCAUACCAGAAAUACAUUCUUGCGAUACUU